GCAGGCAGAGAGGGGGCAUGAAGAGUGUGCGCGAGCGCAUUUCGGGGCAUGAAGAGUGUGCGCGAGCGCGGUUGAGGCUCCAUUAGCGAGAGAGGAGGGGAAAAGUCCCAUUCCUGGGAGCUGAGUCACGACUCGGUGAGAUCCGCACUGCGACGCGCUUUUUCCGCGCAUUUUUAAUCGAACACCAACAUCGCAGCUACAACUUGGAGCCAGAGCGGAUGCAGCAUUUAAGCUCUGAACUGUUUUACUGCAUUGCUCGCUGUCUGGAAUCUGAAGUAACUAAUUAAAAAUCGUGCAAAGAUGUCAGAGAAGGAUCCAGGGCCGAGCUCUUCAGCAAAGGAGCAACCAAGCGAGCCCAGAGACCACCAGAACCCGAUCCCUGAAGCCAGGGGAAUUGAUGCCCUGGGCAUUCUGUGGACUUUUGGGAAAUGUCUCACAGCUUUGUUGCCCAUUUACCUGGCUGGAUAUUACCGCGUGAGCAGCAGUCUGGUGGUGUUUGGGCUCGCGCUCUACUCGGGAUGGAAACACACUCGAGAAGCCAAAGAGGCGAGGCUGAGGUCCGCCAUACAGCUGCUGAACGGAGAGCAUGAAUCAUCCUGCAGUGUGUACAGGAGCCAAAAAGACCUGCCUGCUUGGGUAAAUUUCCCAGAUGUGGAGAAGGUUGAAUGGCUUAAUAAGGUCAUCCAGCAAGCAUGGCCAUUUAUUGGUCAGUACUUGGAGAAGUUGCUAACGGAGAGCAUUGCACCAUCCAUCCGAGCAUCCAGUGUACACCUGCAGACCCUCAGCUUCACCAAGAUUGACUUUGGUGACAAGGCUAUGAAGGUUGUAGGAGUGAAGACUCAUACCGAGAAUGAAAAAGGACAAGUGCUACUGGAUGUUUACAUCAGUUAUGUGGGGAGUGUGGAGAUAAAUGUGGAGGUGAAGAGGUAUUUCUGUAAAGCUGGAGUGAAAGGGAUACAGCUGAACGGUAUGAUGAGAGUGAUUUUGGAGCCUUUGAUCGGCAAUGUGCCCAUUGUAGGAGCGCUCACUAUGUUCUUCAUUCGUAGGCCUAAGCUGGACAUCAACUGGACUGGUCUAACCAACCUAUUGGACAUUCCAGGACUCAACUUGAAGUCAGACACUAUGAUAAUGGAUGCCAUUGCCUCCUUUCUGGUGCUGCCUAACCGCCUCACUGUUCCAUUAGUGCCGAAUCUACCGGUUGCACAGCUUCGCUCUCCUUUGCCCAGGGGUGUGGUCCGUAUUCACCUGUUGGAAGCUGAUAGAUUGGCUGCUAAGGAUAACUAUGUGAAGGGUGUUAUGUCAGGCAUGUCUGACCCUUAUGCUUUGAUCAGAGUGGGACCACAGACCUUCAGAUCCCACCACAAAGACAACACAGACCACCCAAAAUGGGGUGAGGUAUAUGAGGUAAUUGUUCAUGAAGUACCUGGUCAGGAGCUGGAGGUAGAAGUGUAUGAUAAAGAUCCAGACCAGGAUGACUUUCUGGGCAGAACUAAGAUGGAUUUGGGAAUAGUGAAGAAGGCUAAAGUUGUUGAUGAGUGGUUCACUUUGAAGGAUGCUCCCACAGGGCGUGUUCACCUCAGACUGGAAUGGCUGACAUUGCUGGACACCACUGAUACUCUGGAGCAGGUUCUGAAAAGAAAUGAAACAGUUCUGAGUAAUACAGCAGAUCCCCCCUCAUCAGCCAUCUUGACAGUGUAUUUGGACAAGGCAGAGGCACUUCCUAUGAAGAAAGGCGGUAAGGAUCCCAGUCCAAUGGUGCAGCUUUCUGUCCGGGACAUAACCCGAGAAAGCAGAACUUGCUGGAACACAGUUGAUCCUGUGUGGGAAGACGCCUUCACAUUCUUCAUCCAAGAUCCACAGAAACAGGACAUUGAUAUCCAGGUGAAAGAUAAUGACCGUGUACAGCCCCUGGGCAGCCUGUCCCUCCCUCUCUCUCGCCUUCUGUCAUGUCCUGAGCUCAGCCUGGAUCAGUGGUUUCAGCUGAAUGAUUCUGGCCCAGCCAGUCGUAUUCACAUCAACACUAUUCUCAGGGUGCUCUGGAUGGAUGAAAGUGCUGUAUCUUCCACCUUGCUCUCGAGUGAUCCAGCUUCUUCAAGACCUCAACAUACCUCCACUGAUGACAGUUUUGCCACUGAGGGGGUGCUGCGUAUUCACCUGCUGGAGGGACAGAAUUUGGUACCAAAGGACAAUUUGAUGGGCGGCAUGGUGAAGGGGAAGAGUGACCCCUACACCGUCAUCAAUAUUGGGGGCAGCACCUUUAAAAGUCGUGUGAUUAAGGAAAACCUCAACCCCACCUGGAAUGAGAUGUAUGAGGUGGUUUUGACUGAUCUCCCUGGUCAAGACUUGUCAUUAGAGGUAUUUGACAAAGACAUGGACAUGAAAGAUGACUUCAUGGGCAGAUUAACGAUCAAGCUAAGUGACAUUAUUACAUCCAGACAUAUGGAUGAGUGGUUCACUCUGAGUGACGUGAAACGUGGCCGUGUUCAUCUGGCUCUGGAGUGGCUGGACAGAGUAACCCAGUCGGAUAAACUGCAACAGGUGUUGGAUUACCGGUCUAAGAGCUCGUACAUGAACAAGGCAGUACCUGCUGUGGCCCUGUUGUUUGUAUUUGUGGAAGCUGCCCAUGAUGUUCCUCUGAAGAAGAGUGGCAAAGAGCCUAAGGUUGGUGCUGAACUUGUUCUAGGAGGGACCACACACAGAACCACGGUGUGUGAUCGUACCAGCUCACCCCAGUGGAAUGAGGCCUUUCAUUUUCUGGUUUAUGACCCCAAGAAUGAGGAACUUAUUGUGAAGUUGUCACACUGCUGGGACUUCUCACUUGGCUCUGUGGUGAUUCCUGUAAGAGAGCUUCUCUCCCAACCAGAUCUGCUGCUGGACCAAUGGCUACAUUUGGAUGGAGCUUCCCCUCAGAGUCAGAUCCUACUGAGGGCACAGCUUAAGAUCCUGUGCCCCAAAGGGACAGAGGGUUCCACGGAGAACAUAGAGUCUGCUGUACCGAAGACCUCUGCCAAGGACAGCAAACCAGAGGAAGAGCUAGUUCAAAAGUCAAGUGAGCUACUGGUUCCGGUCACUAUAGCCUCUUCUGUAACUGUUCCGGAUGAGGAUGGGAAGGAGAUAGAGAACGAGAAGGAAAACGAGAAGGAGAAGGAGGAAGAGAAGGAGAGUGAAAAGGAGAGUGAGAAACCUCCAGAGGACAUCGCCUCAAUUGAUGUCCGAUCUCCACAUACCAGCCCAGAUCCCACCUUUGGCACUGAGGGUGUACUGCGUAUCCAUCUGCUGGAAGCUCAGAAUUUGAUUGCGAAAGACAACCUUAUGGGGGGCAUGGUGAAGGGGAAGAGUGAUCCCUAUGUUAAGAUCAACAUUGGAAACAACAGUUUUAAGAGUCAUGUCAUUAAGGAGAAUCUCAACCCCACCUGGAAUGAGAUGUAUGAGCUGGUUUUGGCCUCGGAGUCAGCUUCGGAUGUCCGCAUAGAGGUGUUUGAUAAGGACAUUGAUAAAGAUGAUUUUCUAGGAAGGUUUCAGAUCAGCUUGAGUGAAAUCAUUGAGGCUCAAUACAUUGACCAGUGGUUUACUCUGAAUGACGUGAAACAUGGACGUCUUCAUCUGGUUCUGGAGUGGCUCCCCACAGUAACAGAGCCAGAUAAACUGCAACAGGCACUGGACUUGCAAUCCAUCUCCUACGAGAAUAAAGCCUCACCCUCUGCAGCCUUGCUGUUUGUUCUUGUUGAGAAAGCUCAUGCGCUGCCAAUGGUGAAGGGUGGGAAGGAGCCUAAAGCUGGAGCAGAGCUUGUAGUCAGUGGAACCUCUUAUAGAACCAAGUUGUGUGAUCGCUCUACCUCUCCUCAUUGGGGUGAGAUUUUCCACUUCCUGAUUCAUGAUCCCAGAGAAGACAUUCUUGUUAUUAAGCUCUCCAGUGGGUGGGAUCAGCCACUGGGUUCCCUGGUUCUACCCAUUAAAGAGCUUCUGUCACAACAAGAGCUGCUGCUGGACCAGUGGCAAAAUCUGGAUGGUGCUUCACCUGAAAGUCAAAUCCUACUGAGAGCGCAGCUCAAGAUUCUGGCAUCAAAGAUGGACAGAAAAGUUGAAAAACCUUCUGAAAUAAAUACUGAAAUAAAUCCUGAAAAGUCUGUUGAAGAGACUGUUGAAAAUCCAGUGGAAAAACCUACCGGAAAAACUCCUGAGAGGUCUGAUGAACCUGCAGAGCAGACUACACAAAAGUCAACAGAAAAGUCGAUGGGUGCAAACAGUUCUACUGGUGGGCAAAGUGGAGGGAAAGCACCAGUCAGUGCUGAGCAGUCGCUGACACCAGCCAAUAAAGAGUUAAAACAAGAGACCAAGCCAACACCAAGGCUCAAUGAACUAGUGGCUUCUACAGUACCAGUAGCCGUAUCACUUUCUGAAGACACACAGAAAGUACCGGCAGCAGAUAUCACUCAUGACACAGGACAUGAGGCAAAGGAUUUGAGUAAAGCGUCCUCAGUGGGAGGAGCCAGUAAGGCUGUGAAACCAAUCACAGUAAGCGAUCCAGCAUGUGCAGCCAAUAAUGAGCAACACUUGGAUAAGGCAGCUGAUAAUUCUCAUGAAAAGGUUCAUCCGACUGUUCCUGCUGCUGAAAAAAAUACAGAAAUAACACAUGUGCUACCUCAGCACACAUGUUCUUACCCUGGCUUUGGCACCCAGGGGGUGCUGCGUAUUCACCUGCUGGAGGCUCAGAAUUUGAUUGCAAUGGACAGUUUGAUGGGUGGUAUGGUGAAGGGAAAGAGUGACCCCUACGUGAAGAUCACUGUUGGGACCACAACCUACAAAAGUCAUGUGAUCAAAGAGAACCUCAACCCCACCUGGAAUGAGAUGUAUGAGAUGAUUCUGACUCCUGACCCCAAUCUAGAAGUGAAGUUUGAACUUUACGACAAAGACAUUGACUCUGAUGACUUCCUUGGAAGGUUCAAAAUUAAGCUUGGAGAUAUUAUUAAAUCCCAGUAUAAUGAUGAGUGGUUUUCUCUAAAUGAUGUGAAACAUGGCCGUCUUCAUCUGGUUCUCGAGUGGCUGCCCACAGUAACGCAGCCAGACAAACUACAGCAGGUGCUGCAGAUGCAAAGUUCCCAGUCAAGCCAGAAUAAAGCUGUCCCUUCAGCCGCCCUACUGUUUGUCCUUAUUGAGAGAGCACAUGCACUGCCUUUGAAGAAGAGUGGGAAGGAACCUAAAGCUGGAGCUGAACUUGUGCUUGAGGGAACCUCUUACAAAACAAAGGUGUGUGACCGCUCAACAUCUCCUCAGUGGGAUGAAGCAUUUCAUUUCCUGGUUCGAGACCCCAACAAAGACAUGCUUGUUAUUAAACUCUCUAGUGGGUGGGAUCAGCCACUGGGUUCCCUGGUUCUACCAAUCAGAGAGCUUCUCUCUCAGCCAGAACUGAUGCUGGACAAGUGGCUGAGAUUAGAUGGAGCUUUAGCUGAGAGUCAGAUCCUACUGAGGGCAGAACUCAAGAUCCUGAACUCUAAGAUGGCAGCACUUUUGGCACUUGGUGCUGGUCCUGUAUUAAGCAAUAAGCAGAUGCCCACCACUGGACAGAUCAGAAUUUCUCUGUCCUAUCAGAAGAAACUAUCAGUGAUCAUUCAUGGCUGCAGACGCCUGGUGACAUCAUCAAAAGAAGGUUUAGACACUUACGUCUCUCUGAUUCUGCUGCCUGAUAAAAGCAAAGCCACGAAGAGAAAGACCGCUGUGAAGAAGAAAGAUCUGAACCCUGAGUUUAAUGAGAGGUUUGAGUUUGACAUGAGUGUGGAGGAUGCUCGGCAACGAGUGCUCAGUGUGUGUGUAAAGCACAGCUCGUCCUUCAUGAGUCGAGACAAAGACAUCAUUGGUCAGGCUGAAAUUGAUCUGGCACAGAUUGACUUUCUCUCAGGUGUUACAGAAUGGUUUGACUUGAAAGAUCACAACUAACUGGAGUGUCUGACUUUGAGACCUUUCCUUAAAGUGGCCCAUACCCAUUCAUCAAUUCAACUUUCUACACAAGAUGCCUUGCUGGACUAUUAUUUUCCAUUUCCCCUCUCUUUUACUGCAGCUGAUAUCUUGUUAAAGUUUAUUGAAGUUUAUUGGUAACACAGAAGUGGGCUUCCGGGGAUUGUAAUAUAUCUACAUAGAUUUUACGGUUGCCAAUACCUAAUUAUGCAAUUGGCCAGGGAUGCAAAUUGACAUAAUUAUUGUAUUUGAUUAUGCAAUGAUGAAUGUUUAAGAUGUUAACGUAAGUUUGUUAUAGCAUCAGAUAUUGGAAUUGCCUUUGUGUUUGUCUCUUGGUUGGUUCUUGGCCAGAUACUUUCAGACAUCACUGUGUUUUUAGCAUUAUAAUGAUUGUACUGGUUAUUGUUAUUAGCAAGGAGUUUAAGUUUUAAAAAGCGAUCACACAGUAAUGUGUAAAAAAAAAAAAAAAAAACAUUUUAAUAUAUGAUAACACUGAUGGCUAUUGGUUGCAUAAUGGGCAAAUUAAACACAGCAACAUCGUGGCUAUGGAAAAAGGGGAAUGAAAAUUAAGGGGAGCUGAAAUCCAUUUGCAGUAUCAAGGUUACAUUGAGAAUUUUUCUAGUUUCAAGAUUAAACCAUGCUUGCAUCUUUCACUUUGAUCUACAAACCUUUUGGUGUAUCCGAAUUUAUUGAGUUAUGCUGCUAUAAUAAUCAUCUUUACUGCCGAAAUCUUAUGGAUUUUGCAAGAUUUUCUUUUUUUCACUGAUAAAGCAAAAUUAAAUAACUAUGUUGUAAGACAUCCAUGCAAACUUCUGCACACAGAAUGUAAAUGUUUGCAGCUUUGAGAUAUAGUUGUAUAAAAUAAGCCUAAAAAAGCAUUUUCAGUGGCCUCCAUUAUAAUAACAUGACAGUGUAAGUCUGACAAUACCAGGGCUGUGUUCCAAUACAGUUGUUGACAUCAUCUAUUUGACUUCCUCCUGCUCGCGUCAAUAUUUUACUAGCCAAGUGAAAUUCUUAAGUUUGUGGAUGGAACUGUUAGGUGUAUUAAUGUUCUAAUUGGGUUUUUUGUGAUUAACUACUCUACCAGUAUAUGGCAGACAGCAUUAGUUCAUUCUGCCCGAAGUUAGCAAGGUAGGUAUGACACUAUCUAUUUAGCUAGUUUCCAAAUUUGUAUUAAAACAUAAAGUAAAUUGAUUGUACAAAUUGCCAAGGAAAUUUUUGUGUUUAUUGCCAAGGGCAGGUGUAUUCAGAUGUGUCCACUAUACCCCUUGUGCUGCAUAUGCCAACUGAUUGGAUAACUGCAUAAGUGGACAGUGAGUGUAGUUGAUAAGCAAAAUGAACUGGUGAGAGGAAAAUUAAAACCAGUAGUGGAAUGAAGAGUGGGCUUUCAGCUGCAGCUGAAAAUCUAUACAGCACUUCCCUGACUGAAUUCAUGUGCAAUAAUGGCCUUAAUAGUAAUUAGAUUUACCAUCCGUAUAGGCUGCACUUCCAAAUUUUGGGGUCGUUUCCCAAAAACACUGCAGUGGUAAGAUCAAAUAGGGGGCCUGGAUGUACCAAAUUGAUAUGAUUUACAGUGGAUGAGGAAACAUUUUUGAGAAUUCAGUUCUCAAUAUGAAAAUGCAAAAAUCAAAGAAAAAAUGAACAUGUGUUUAAGCCUUUAGUCAUUAGAAUGUAUGUUUAUGCUUGCACUCAACCUUGGAUUGCCUUACAUUUAUGUGCUACAAACUGCAUAUAACUUUUUUGCAUUUUAUUAUUUUGAUUAUUAUAUUUGAGUUUAUAACUUGGGAUGUAGGAUGUUUGUUGAAAUAGUGAAUUCAUCAAAUGGCAGAAGAGAUAUGGAGAUGGACAUUUUAACAUUUGUCAUUGGGACCCACCUGAAUUUGUAUUUUGUAUGUUUUAUUGUAUAUGAUUGUUUCUGAUGUUAAAUUUGUUCAAUUUCAGACAUGAGUGGAUAAAAAACUAGGGAAGCAUUUGUAUUCUUUCAACAUUAUUGUUUUUUAGCAAUAGAUCAGGGGUGUAUUCACAAAGAAUCUUUAGGCUAAGAGUAGCUCCUAACUGGAUGAUUUAGGAGAAACUCUUUAAAGAAAGGGGCAUGUUGUUCCAAUCCCAAUAUUAAGAUCACUAAGCAUUUUAGCACUAAACGCAGGCUCUAACCCAACAAAAAUGUACAAGUCCUCUAGACUACUCCCAAGUCAACAAGCUUUAAAAAGGUAUUGUGUUGACUGCAGGAGUAUUCUAUAUUAUGUAAUAGGGGAGGCCCUCAUCUAUUAAAAUAUAGAUACCCCUGGAAAUCAAAAGUUUACAUAAUUCUCUGCCACUUGGCCACAAGAGAACUGCUGACAUGAACUGAAAAUAUCACUAAAGUAGAUCAAUCAUUAAAUGCCUCCUGCUAUUAAGAAUCCCAUUGUUGCUAUAGACUGCAUCACUGAAUAUGUACAGUGAUUGUUUCAUGUAGAUGAAAACUUGCUUAUAAAUGAAAACCCACAACUGCAACAAAAAUAUAAUAAAAUGAAACUGUAUGGAAACAAAAAUGUCAAGCUCUUGUGUGAAAAAUAGUUUCUUUCAGAUGCUGUCAAAUUAUAAAGACAUGAAUACACUGCAGUGUAGUCAGCUACACAAGUUCCUCUCAGCAGUUUUGUAAAGAGGUUUUAAGGAGAAACUCUUAGAACUCUCACUAAUAAGAUUCUUUGUGAAUAAGGCAUUUAUUAGGAGGUAUACAUUUUGUUUGCCUACCCCUUUGUUUUUUCUUUUUUAAAUCUAUUAUGCAAAACUUGCUUGACUGUAACUGCUGCAUAGAUGUACAUGAAAAAGCAAAACACCAAAGAAUGAACACUUCAAACACUUAGGAAUAGACUGCAUUUUUCACAGCUAUGCAUUGUUCAGUAUUCACUCUGCUGGCAAACACUUGAGCUUGAAUAUUACAUUAAAAUGCCAAUAAAGCAUACACUUAUCCACCA